AUUCCCUCUGAAGGAUUCAAAGCGUCUGAUUCAGUGGUUAAAAGCUGUUCAGAGAGAUAACUGGACUCCUACCAAGUAUUCAUUUCUUUGCAGCGAGCAUUUCACCAAAGACAGUUUUUCUAAGCGGCUGGAAGACCAGCACCGGUUGCUGAAACCUACUGCUGUCCCUACUAUCUUCCAGCUUGCAGAGAAAAAACACGACAACCUGGAUUAUGUCAGAAGCAGAAGAAAAAUAGCGAGCCAGGUGCCACUGCAGGAUGGAGAAGACCCAAGGGAAGGAGGCUGUGAGGUAGUUCAGAAGACUCCGUCUUCUGGCCAGGACUUAAUGGUGAUGCAAGGGACAAAAGAGAUGGAGGAGGCGACUUUGCAAGCGGAAACCAGAUCGAUGUCUGAGGAGGAGGGGAACCUCCGCGGCCAGCUGGACAUCCCUCGGAGAAGGACGUUAGGUGAUAAUUCGGUUGUAAAGCCUGGACCUCAGAAAAAACCUGAGAGAUCUUCCGUAGAGGAUUAUUCUAAAGCCACCUGGACAGGGAGCUGGGUAGCAGACAGAAGUGGUGUGUCGGUUGAUGACUUCACGCCUCCUGCCUCUGGUGCUUGCAAGUUCAUCGGCUCCCUUCAUUCUUACAGCUUUUCAUCUAAGCAUGCCAGAGAGAGGCCAUCCUUCUCAAAAGAGCAGUUGGAAAGGAAAAGGCCAAAGAGAGAUGUGGAACCAAGCUGCAGCAGCCAUCUUACAGGACACGAUAAGGCCGUAGCAGAAGGCUCCCCUACUUCAUCCCUCACCGCGACCCCUCAGAAACCUUCCCAGGGUUUGUCGGCAUCCCCAGCGGACCUUACCCCUCAGCCUGCUGCUGAGGCUGUGGUGGGGCGAAAGGGUGACACGGACGCCAACCCUAUGUCAAUCAACGAGGUCAUCAUGUCGGCCUCGGGAGCUUGCAAGCUCAUCGACUCCCUCCACUCGUACUGUUUCUCCUCCAGACAGAGCAAAAGUCAGGUGUGCUGCUUACGUGAGCAGGUAGAAAAGAAGAAUGGAGAGUUGAAACUUUUGAGGCAGCGGAUCAGUCGCUCUGACAGUCAAGUCAGGAAGCUGAAGGAGAAGCUAGAUGAGCUGAAGAGGAUCAGUUUCCCUUAUUUGAACAGCCUGCUAUCCCAGGACUGUG